AUGAUACACGGAACUAAGAUCUCCGUAGAUCCGUACCGAGUCCUCAAGCAGCGGAUGCUUCGGGCCGUCGUGGACGGUAGCUCUGCCGCGACCUCCCCGUCCGCGGAGGCUGCGAGCAGCAGCAGCACCACCCCCGUCUUCUCCGAGCCGAAGCUCUUGGACGGCUUCGAGGAGGGCAACAAGUCUUUGGACAAGCUGAAGGAGCUGGGGAUCGAGGGGGCGCUGUUCGAGCACCACAAGGCCAUGACGGUGCCGGAGCAGGAGAUGGCUCUGCGAGGCGUCACCGGGGACAAGACCAAGAACUUGUUCCUCAAGGAUAAGAAGGCAGGUCUCAUCCUGGUAACGGUGAGACACGACCGCCCCACCGACAUGAAGACCCUCGCCAAGCUCCUCGGCCUCCCCGGAAAGGUUUCCCUUCGUUUCGCCGACGCGGCUACCCUCGACUCAGUUCUGGGGGUAGUCCAAGGAGCCGUGAGUCCCCUCGCCGUGGUGAACGACGUUGAGGGAGUGGCCAAGCUUGCGAUGGACAAGUCGAUCAUGGAUGCGGAGGAGGUGCUGGUGCACCCCCUCAGGAACGACCGGAGCGUGCGCAUCAAGGCGGCCGAUCUCGUCAAGUACGUGACUGCCUGCGGACACGUCCCUACGGUGCUGGACUUUUCCGCGGUCAAGGAGGCUCCCGCAGACCCGGAAAGCGUCCGAAACGCGGCUGCGGUCAAGAUUGAUCCUAACGCCGCCAAGAAGUCAGUGGCCAAGGCCAAGCAGGCGGCCAAGAAGGUCAAGCACGAGCGCAGCGAUCCCAACAGCAAGGCGGGCAUGAAGAAGGAGACGCUCCUGGCCAUCACCGCGAGCAAGUUCGACGACUUCCCCACCUGGUACAGAGAGGUGAUCACGCUGUCGGAGAUGAUCGACUACUACGACAUCUCCGGCUGCUACAUUCUCCGUCCCUGGGCAUACCAGAUGUGGGAAGCGAUCCAGCAGUGGAUGGACAAGGAGAUCAAGGAGCUCGAUGUCCAGAACUCGUACUUCCCUCUGUUCGUGUCGAAGAAAGCGCUGGAGGCGGAAAAAGCGCACGUCGAAGGCUUCGCCGCGGAGGUGGCGUGGGUAACCAAGAGCGGAGAGGAUGAUCUCGAGGAGCCGAUCGCGGUCCGCCCCACUUCGGAGACCAUCAUGUACCCCGCCUUCUCCAGGUGGAUCAGGAGUCAUCGGGACCUGCCGCUCAAGCUCAACCAGUGGAGCAACGUUGUCAGAUGGGAGUUCAAGAACCCCACCCCCUUCCUGCGCACGAGGGAGUUCCUGUGGCAGGAGGGGCACACGGCGCACGCCAGCUUCGAGGAUGCGGACAAGAUGGUGAUCCAGGCGUUGGAGUUGUACCGCAGGGUAUACGAGGAGCUGCUGGCGGUUCCGGUUAUCAUGGGCACGAAGACGGAGGCGGAGAAGUUUGCGGGGGGCCACAAGACUACCACUGUGGAGGCGUACAUCUCGGGCACUGGCAGGGCCAUCCAGGGGGCCACCAGCCACCACCUCGGACAGAACUUCGGCAAGAUGUUCAAGAUCCAGUACGAGGACGAGAACGGAGAGCAGGCAAUCCCGUGGCAGACAAGCUGGGGCCUCACCACAAGGACUCUCGGUGUGUGCGUCAUGUGCCACGGGGACGACCAGGGCCUGGUGCUGCCUCCGAGGGUGGCUCCCCUGCAGGCCGUCAUCAUCCCCAUCGUUACCAAGAAGGUGAAGCUGGAGACGAUCGUUGAGUUCGCAGACCCCAUCGUGAAGAGCCUCAAGGCUGCCGGCGUGCGAGUCAAAUUUGACGACAGGAUUAACUACACCGCCGGCUGGAAGUACAACCACUGGGAGCAGAAGGGGGUGCCCAUUAGACUGGAGGUGGGGCCCCGCGACAUCGAGAGCAAGCAGACGGUGAUGGCGAGAAGGGACACCGGGGAGAAGAUCACGGUGCCCGAAGACGAGAUCACGUCCAAGGUGGUGGAACUCCUCGAGACAAUCCAGGCUAACCUUUUGGCUAGGCUGACAGCAGAACGCGACGACCACUUCACGCGCGUCACCGAGUGGGCGGAGUUCGUCCCGGCGCUGAACAGGAACGACAUCGUGCUAACCCCGUUCUGCAACGAGACCGAGUGGGAGGAGAAGGUGAAGACCCUGUCCCGCGCCGAGGCCCUGAAGGAAGGCGAGGUGGAGCUGGCGACAACGGCAACCUCUGUGGCCGCGAAGACCCUCUGCAUUCCCCACGACCAGCCGGAUCUCCCCGAGGGCACCCCAUGCUUCAUCAGCGGAAAGCCGGCCACGUGCUGGGUGCUAUGGGGGCGGAGCUACUGAGAAAGUUUUUGCCUCUUUCUCCUUUCGUUUUCCGGCCCAGGGGUGUUCGCAGUUGGGGUUGAACCUGUGUUGUCGGUCCCCCCCCCAGGACGUGUCGAUGCCGGUGGGCGUGCGAAUAGCUGUAGACGGAGGAAGCUCGGAACUGCUCGUGUAACUGUGUAGCUGAUGCCAGCAUUGGCCGGGGUUAGGGUAAUUGUGUUUUGCGCCAUUGCUUUUGUCUCUCAAGGAAUGGCUGAAAGUUAGGAAAUUGCUCUAAGCUACUUAUAAAGUCGGGAUGCUUCGGCAUCAUUGCCAUGCACGUUCUCUCGGAAUCCGGGGUGAACCGCCGACCUGGUGUAGGCUAUCGUCCUACUCUGUUCGAAAAGCCCCACUGGAGCAAAGGUGGUGUGCAUGGUGCGAAACGACUCUAUCUGGCGAGUUAGCUACCCUUUAACGCUUUGUGCUCUGUCGUGGGUGAGACUGCUGUCCCGCAUGUGGUCCGCCAUGGAGCAUUGUAUGCAUACGGUUCCCGGGGCGUUGUUAAGGAGUGCCCGGCUACGUUGUCACACCUUUCUUGUUUUUUCUAUUUUGUCGGUUAGGCCCCUCGAAUUUUAUUUCCCGUGUCUCCCAACCUGGCAUCGCGCGGUCCAGAAAUUUCCGUUGUCCUUCCAGGUCGUUCUUUUCCGAUUCCGUUUGGGCAUUUUUUAUUUUUUAUUUUUUCAUUUUUUUCUGUGCUCGCGCUUUCGGUUGUAGUGCCGAUCCUGUGCCUGCAACUUGGUCCCCGAUUGUAUCCUACUAUGCAUAUUAUGCUUCUUUUGUUUGUCGUACGGGCAUUCCCGAACGCAAGUGUUUUUUUUUUUUCUCCCAUCAUUGGACUCUGUCGUCUGCCUCUCUGGCCCCAAUCCUCCACUUCUACUAGCUAGACGACCCAACCGGGGUCACAUAGGAGGGGGGGGCUGGACCCCCUCCUGCGGUUCCUGCCUGAGGUAUUUUUAUCGCGAGAAGGGUACAGCAAUCCCUUCCCUCGCGACUUACGAAGUCGAUAAUGGUUUACUAACAACGAGCGCUGCAACGUGCUGCUUUCAUCCUACACCAGGAUUUAUUUUGUGAGAAAAAACUCACUCUCCCGGGACUCGAACCCAUGACCUGGCCCUUAGCAGGCUGCGAG